AAGAGAAGCCCCCCGUUCGUCUCAUUCCACAAGCCAAGCUCUCUCUCUCUCCCCCCCGCCUCCAAUUCUCCCCUCUUCUUUGUCGCAUGCCUCUUGGAUCUCCCUAUGUGUAGAUACUAUUAUAGUGAAGAAUGAUCAAGGAGUUUCUACAAUACAAGGAAUUCUCUAUAGGAGAAAGCAAGGAGAAGGUGGUACGUAGUGACCAAGCUUUGACGGUGAUGGAUCAAACGGAGCUAUCUCUAGGCCCUUCUUUAUCUGCUUUUGCCAAGAGCUCGAAUAGCUCGUCUUCGGAAUCUGAUGCUAACUCUCGGAGGAAGCGAAAGCACACAUGGGAUGAGCCCAUGACACAAACUGGCAUUGAGCUUCAGCUUAGCGAUCCCUUGCCCUUGGAUUGGGAGCAGUGCCUAGACCUACAAUCUGGAAGGAUGUACUACUUGAACAGGAAAACACUAAAGAAAAGCUGGAUCAGGCCAAAGGAGCAAAAGCUAGAUUUGGAGCUCAACAUCUCAACCCUCCCAAGCUCAGAAGGGAAGGCAAGCUCCACAACUCCAGACGAACCAAAGAAGCAUAACAAUUCAAGUGGCAGCAUGGUUGCGGUGGUGUGCAUCAACUGCCAUCUCCUCGUCAUGAUCUGCAAGUCCUCUCCAUCGUGCCCGAAUUGCAAGUACGUGCAUGCAGUGCCGCAGGCACCACACCAAACGUCGCCUCCAAAGAUGGAGGCUGUGAAGUCUUUGGAAACCCUGAGCCUCCUCCACUAGCUAGCAAGCAUAUCAAUGUAGAGAUCCAAAAGUAGGGACUAAGUGUUUAAGAAACCCUGAUAAUAAGAUCAGGUUCAGUGUAAAAGAAGGCCGUGUUAAUACUAUGACAGAGCUAGUGGGACACGUGGAUGUAAAAGCUUUCUAGCCAAGUACUUGAUGGUUGUUACAAGGUAUCAAUGAGAGAUAGGAAAAGGAA